UGCGUCCCUCACAGUGUGAAACGGAUCGGCACACGCUUGAUAAAACAGUUGAUCUCCGUCUGUUUUGAUAUAUUUUGUGGUAUUUUACGUAGGUUUUAAACAUACAAUUCAUGUAGGUUUACGGUAUUAAUGUUAUAUUCAUACAUGUAGCUCUAAAACGGACAAAAUGUAGAUUUUUUCCCCCCCUGGCGACCGCGGACUUCUUAGGGGGACCUGUUGAUUCUACGGUGUAGCCCACCGAAGCAGCAAUGGAGGUAUCCGAUGUUGACCGGUGACAGGCACACAUGAACACUCUCAACCAUCUAGUGAAGACCUACAUCCAAGCAAAGAUGGACGCCAUGGAUACACAGCGGGCCUUGGAGGCUGUGGAGAGACUCCAGGCCAAGCUGAAGGACAGAGGAGAAGCUCCUACAGAGGAGAAACUAUCACUACUGAAGACCGUUCUACAGAGCCCUCUGUUCCUUCAGAUACUAACCAUGCAACAGACACAGCUACAGCUGCCAGAGGAGAAGAAGUCAGUACCGAAGUCUGUUUCCCUCAACACGGGUCUCUCCACGGCCAUGUCUCUGGGCCUGAGGACCAUCUCCCAUAGCGACUCCUAUACCUGGGCCCAGAACAACAGCAGCAGCAGUAGUGGAGGAGGUGGAGGAGGAGGAGGAGGAGGAGGAGGAGGUAGCCCCCCUGCUAAACCCUUCCUACCUCUGCAGAACUACGGAGGCAGUCUCAGUGCUCUCAACACAAACACAGAAAGCAACGCCGUGACCAAUAAGAUACAGUGUAUGACUCAGUUAUGUACGCCUCCACGAAUCUCCAGGACCUUAUCGAUGGGAAGGAACCUGUCGUAUAUCGCCAACGAGAAGCGUCACAUAGAGUUGAUAGAGCUGGAGAACGAUGGGAAGGGGCUGGGCUUCGGCAUUGUAGGGGGUCGAUCCUCUGGAGUCCUGGUCAAAACCAUCCUACCAAGUGGCCCUGCUGGACUGGACAAGCGUCUGCGCAGCGGGGACCACAUCCUGCGUAUCGGGGACACAGACCUGGCGGGCAUGGGCAACGAGGAAGUGGCUCACGUUCUCCGCAACGCAGGGUCAAGGGUCAAACUGAUGAUUGCUAGGGACGUCGCGGUCUCCACGGGAACCAACGACCUCUCCCUCUCCUCGCCCCCACUCCCUCUCCUCGCCCAGCAACAACAGAGGGUGGCCAGGAUGGGCAAACAGCUGUGUGAUGUGGAGGAGGACUCUGAGUACAGUGUCCAGUUCAGUAAGAACAACAGGGGCCUCGGAUUCACUGUCACCAGCUCCAUAGGGAGCAACUCUGGGGUGCAGGUGAAGAGCAUCGUGAAGGGCAGUGCUGUGGACCAAGCCAGUCAGAUACACAUCGGAGACAAGAUCUUAGCUGUGGAUGGUGUAAGCCUGCAGGGCUGCAGUGAGCAGAGAGCCCUGGAGGUCCUCAGGAAGACAGGCCAGAUAGUCAGACUGAGGCUGAUGAGGAGGGCCUCUAGGAUGGGUAAAACCAUGAAGUAUCCCGCUCCUCCCCUGGAGCCCUACGUCGUCACCCGUACAGAGACUGGGAAACAUGACAAGACAGACCAGACUGGUGUCAUCAACAGAGGAGUGAAGCUGACGGCAGCAGAGGAAGAGGAGUUGAAGAGCAGGUGGCAGGCUGCUCUGGGACCCAGAUAUCAAGUGGUUGUGUGUCAGUUGGAGAGGUUCAGUGAGACCAGCGGUCUAGGCAUCAGCACGGAGGCCAGGGCAGGACACCACUACCUGUGCUCCGUCUUACCUGAGGGUCCCGUCGGACAGAGCAGGAAGAUACACCCUGGAGACCAGAUACUGGAGGCGAAUGGUAUCCCUCUGAUAGGAGAGACUCACAGAGAGGUGAUCAGCGUUCUGAGAGAGCUGCCUCUGUGUGUUUGUAUGGUGUGCUGCCGCGUCGUGCACCCACAGCUACGGGACAGUGACCACGAUGAUGAUGAUGAAGAUGUACAGCUCCCCCUCAAAGAGCUACUGGCUGAGUUCAACGGCAAGUCCCAGUAUGACCAGCCCUGCUGUCUACUUCCUGGUUGUAACAACAUGGAUUGUGGGAGUCGUGGUUUUAAUAAGCCUGUGUCUCCUCCUCUGGCCAUGUGGGAGAGAGACAGUCAGGUGAUAGAGCUGGUGAAGGGAGAGGAAGGCCUGGGAUUCAGCAUCCUAGACUACCAGGACCCAGAGGACGACUCUAAGACUGUCCUGGUGAUCCGCUCCCUGGUCCCCGGUGGCGUGGCCGACUCAGACGGACGCCUGCUGCCCGGUGACCGGCUCAUGUCCGUCAACGACGUGGACCUGGUCCGGUCGACGCUGGGGCACGCCGUGCACGUCCUCAAAACCACCGGCUACGGGGUCGUGCGCAUCGGUGUCGCCAAGCCGCUGCCGAUCGAGUGUUGUGUCCUGGAGUCCAUCCCAGAGUCGUCGAGGUCGUCGAGAGACGAGACCCAGUCGUUAUCGAGAGAUGAGAAGGAUACUCUCCACUCAGCUGGGAUGCUAGCCUCCUCCACACAGCAGGCGCAUGCUAACAGCUACGGCUCACAGCAGAGGAACAGCCAACCGUGCUCCACACUGAAGGACGAGAAAUCUCCACGUCAUUGUUCCAGCGGCAACAUGGAGGACGGCGAUAAGCUCCUGGCCCCCCCCCCUUCUUUCGGCAGCCAUUUUGAGAGGACGAUCGAUGUUGUCAGGGGCAACCGUAGCCUUGGCCUGACAGUGAGUGCUAUGAAGGAUGGCUCAGGGAUGUUGAUCCGGUCAGUGGUCCGUGGAGGGUCUGUCUGUCAGGACGGGAGGCUGGGAGUCGGGGACACUAUCCUGGCUGUUAACGGAGAACCCACCACCAACCUGACCAACGCUAUGUGCAGAGCCAUGCUGAGGAGGCACUCUGUUAUAGGUUCAGAUAUGAGUGUGACAUUCAUCCCCUCGUUUCUGGUAGAGGAGCACCGUGCCUCCAUGGCCCAGCAGCCUCUGUCAUCCAUCAUGGUGGACGGCCCCUCACUCUGCCCCUUGACACCCUCCCCUACCCCUCCUGGAGGUCCAACCUCUUCCCCUACCCCUCCUGGAGGUCUAACCCCCUCCCUUACCCCUCCCGGAGGUCUAACCCCUUCCCCUACCCCUCCUGGAGGUCUAACCCCUUCCCCUACCCCUCCUGGAGGUCCAACCCCUUCUCCUACCCCUCCUGGAGGUCCAGCCCCUUCCCCUACCCCUCCUGGAGGUCUAACCCCUUCGCCUACCCCCCCUGGAGGUCAAACCCCUUCCCCUACCCCUCCUGGAGCCCCAGAUACAGCCUCAACAGUCCCAGCUCCAGGUCCAGCUACAGCCCCAAGGCCUCAAGGCCCUUCUCUACCCAGACCUGUAGUAUCAGCUACAAGUACAGCUCCAGCCUCAACGCCAACCAAAGGCCCACCCCAGACCCCCACCCCCAGACAAGAGUGGUACCAUUUGAUCGUGACAACGCUACAAAAUAUUAAAAAUGAAAAUUUUACUGUUUAUAAAGCAUGUGAUCUUUUUCCCUGUAGCCUAAUCCCUAAACCCCCACCCUCACCCGUACCAAUGAAGGAGAGAAGAGGUGUGGAUGGAGUGAGAGAGGAGGAGAAGAAAGUGGAGAGGAAGCGAGAGGAGGAGGAGGAGGAGGAGGUGAGAGAGGAAGAAGAGAGAGAGGAUGAGAUGUUGGUUUAUCCUACUAACCUCAGUUGGGCUCAACCUAGAAGGGUCAAGUUGAUGCGUUCUUCAGGCCAGUCUCUGGGCAUCAGUAUCAUGGGAGGGAGAGGGAUGGGCAGCAGGCUGAGCAGUGGAGAGGUGAUGAGAGGAGUGUUCAUUAAACACAUCACACCAGACAGCCCUGCUGGACACAACCGCACCCUGAAGACUGGAGACAGGAUACUGGAGGUAGGAGGCAUGGAUCUGAGAGAUGCCAGCCAUGAGCAGGCAGUGGAGGCCAUCCGUAGUGCUGGAGACCCUGUUGUCUUCCUGGUACAGACUGGACAACACACAUCACAGUCGUCUCCUGUGCUCUCCAACCAUGAGAGACAAGCCUCAGCAUCACACAGGGACUCACCGAACAACAGGAUGCCAGAGAGUCACAGUGGUCUGUUCCUUAGUCUCUCCCCCGCCAACCCCUUCACCCCUACUCCCUUUAAGCCGACAGCCAAUAGGACGGUCAGGAGAAGCCCCACAACUGUCUCUGCACCAAUCACACGGAGAGACACGGAAGACGACGGCUGGAAGAAGAUGAUGUCCAGGUAUGGAGGUCUGCCAGGUGAGCUCCAUAUGAUAGAACUAGAGAAGAGUCCCCGUGGAGUCAGUAGCACCGAGGCCCCGGGACAGGGUCUGGUUCCUGGUCUGGGUCUCAGCCUGACGGAGGACAGGGAAGGUUCCAGAGCCCACCUCGGUGUCUACGUGGCCGGGGUCGACCCCCAGGGGGCGGCGGGGCGAGACGGACGGAUACGGGUGGGAGAUGAGCUACUGGAGAUCAACGGUCAGAUCCUGUAUGGACGUAGUCACCAGAACGCGACAGCCAUCCUGAACGGUGCUCCUUCUAAAGUCCAGAUUCUCCUCACCAGGAAUAAAGCGGCUCUGGCGCAGAUGACUCAAGGACCCAUGGGUGGGGACUCCUCCUCUUCCUCCCUCCAUCCCUCCAUCUCUCUCUCCUCUUUUCUCCAUCCCUCCAUCCACGUCUCUUCCUCCCAUCCCCCCAUUCCUCCCCACUCCUCCGUCGGCACUGCCAGGAACGCCUCCUCCUCCAGCGGGCGAUCUGAUUGGCCAACGGGCUCCGCUCUGACCCCUGACCUCCUGAGCUGUCCCAUAACACCUGGCGUUGACAGCACCAUAGAGAUCUGUAAAGGACACUUGGGCCUGGGACUCAGCAUCGUGGGGGGGUGUGACACGCUACUGGGGGCGAUAAUAAUCCAUGAGGUUAAUGAUGGAGGUGCAGCUCAGAGAGACGGGAGGCUGUGGGCUGGAGACCAGCUACUAGAGGUGAAUGGUAUAGACCUGGGCCAUGCCACCCAUGAGGAAGCUAUAGGGGUGUUGAGGCUGACCCCUCAGCGGGUGCGUCUCACGGUGUUCAGACAACAGCAGGAGUACGGGGAGGAGGACCUGUGGGAUGUCUUCCAGCUGGAGCUCAGACUACGACCUGGACAGACCCUGGGGCUCAGCACUGUAGGGAAGAGCAACGACACCGGUGUGUUUGUGUCUGAGAUCAUUGGAGGGGGUGUGGCUGAUGGAGACGGACGGCUGUUUCUAGGAGACCAGAUCCUGUCAGUCAACAGAGAGGAUGUCAGAACAGCUACUCAGGAACACGUUACCUCACUGUUACAGAGCUGCAGUAGUGGAACAGUGAUCCUAGAGAUCGCUCGCUUCAGAGCAGUCGGCGUUCACUACUCCUGUGGAAGUCAGAGUGGUGACUCCGUCGGUAGUGACAGCUCCACCCUGACUCCGUCCACUGUGUAUGAGGUCCAGAGCCACCACCAGGGGGAGACAGAGAGACGCCAGAGAGGACAGGACCACUCAGUUGAAGACCACCGUGAGAUAAGGACAGUGGUCAUGCAUAAGGUGCUGACGACAGGGUCGGUGGAUGAGGACUGUGGAGGAGGACAGGGUCAGAGGGAUGUAGGGCUCCCCUCCACAGGACCAGCUACCCUACACAACAACAUGAGUCCCCAGUUUUAUAGAACCAUCAGUCUGGACAGAGGAGCUCUGGGUCUAGGCUUCAGUAUAGUAGGAGGGUUCAGCAGUCCCCACGGAGACCUGCCCAUCUACGUCAAAACUGUCUUCGGAAAGGGAGCAGCGAUUGAGGACGGCAGGCUGCAGCGCGGGGAUCAGAUCCUCGCCGUGAACGGUCACAGUCUGGAGGGGGUCACCCACGCCGGCGCCGUCGCCAUACUGAAGAGGACCAAGGGAACUGUAGUCCUCACCGUACUCUCCUGAGUGUAAGUCCUCACACAACCGUCUGUCGCCCUUUGAUGACGUCAUCAGCAGACUACAUCAGGGUUGUGUUCAUCAGGAAACAGACAAAACAGGGAGGGACUGUCUGAACUUUUUUUUCAAUAAGAAACAUUCAUUUAUGUGUUCUGUUGCAGAACGUUUUGCUACGGUGUGCACGCUAAUGAACAUGACCCUGUUUAUCUCUAGAAGGAGGUGAAGAUUCUCACAGAAGAAUGUCUUCUAUACGUCCUCCUAGAUGUAACCGGUUCUCAUUGUAACAAAACUAUGAACCCUGUAAUGCAUUUCUAUGUGUCUGUGUACAUCAAUAUGGACCUCAUCAUACCAUAAUACUGACUACUCACAUCACUGUGUCUCCUUCUAAAUGGACCUCAUCAUACCAGACUACUGACUACUGACAUCACUGUCUCCUUCAAAAUGGACCUCAUCAUACCAGACUACUGACUACUGACAUCACUGUCUCCUUCUAAAUGGACCUCAUCAUACCAGACUACUGACUACUCACAUCACUGUGUCUCCUUCUAAAUACACCUCAUCAUACCAGACUACUGACUACUCACAUCACUGUCUCCUUCUAAAUGGACCUCAUCAUAGCAGACUACUGACAUCACUGUGUCCUUCUAAAUGCACCUCAUCAUAGCAGACUACUGACGACUCACAUCACUGUGUGUCCUUCUAAAUGGACCUCAUCAUACCAGACUACUGACUACUAACAUCACUGUGUCUCCUUCUAAAUGCACCUCAUCAUAGCAGACUACUGACAUCACUGUGUCUCCUUCUAAAUGGACCUCAUCAUAUCAGACUACUGACUACUCACAUCACUGUCUCCUUCUAAAUGGACCUCAUCAUACCAGACUACUGACUACUCACAUCACUGUCUCCUUCUAAAUGGACCUCAUCAUACCAGACUACUGACUACUCACAUCACUGUCUCCUUCUAAAUGGACCUCAUCAUAGCAGACUACUGACUACUGACAUCACUGUGUCCUUCUAAAUGGACCUCAUCAUACCAGACUACUGACUACUCACAUCACUGUCUCCUUCUAAAUGGACCUCAUCAUAGCAGACUACUGACAUCACUGUGUCUCAUUCUAAAUGCACCUCAUCAUACCAGACUACGGACUACUCACAUCACUUUGUCUCCUUCUAAAUGGACCUCAUCAUAGCAGACUACUGACAUCACUGUGUCUCCUUCAAUAUGUACCUCAUCAUACCAGACUACUGACUACUCACAUCACUGUGUCUCCUUCAAUAUGUACCUCAUCAUACCAGACUACUGACUACUCACAUCACUGUGUCUCCUUCUAAAUGUACCUCAUCAUAGCAGACGACUGACUACUCACAUCACUGUCUCCUUCUAAAUGGACCUCAUCAUAGCAGACUACUGACAUCACUGUGUCUCCUUCUAAAUGGACCUCAUCAUACCAGACUACUCACAUCACUGUCUCCUACAAAAUGGACCUCAUCAUACCAUACUACUGACUACUCACAUCACUGUGUCUCCUUCUAAAUGGACCUCAUCAUACCAGACUACUGACUACUCACAUCACUGUGUCUCCUUCUAAAUGGCCCUCAUCAUACCAGACUACUGACUACUCACAUCACUGUGUCUCCUUCUAAAUGGACCUCAUCAUACCAGACUACUGACUACUCACAUCACUGUGUCUCCUUCUAAAUGGACCUCAUCAUACCAGACUACGGACUACUCACAUCACUUUGUCUCCUUCUAAAUGGACCUCAUCAUAGCAGACUACUGACAUCACUGUGUCUCCUUCAAUAUGUACCUCAUCAUACCAGACUACUGACUACUCACAUCACUGUGUCUCCUUCUAAAUGCACCUCAUCAUAGCAGACGACUGACUACUCACAUCACUGUGUCUCCUUCUAAAUGCACCUCAUCAUAGCAGACUACUGACAUCACUGUGUCUCCUUCUAAAUGGACCUCAUCAUAUCAGACUACUGACUACUCACAUCACUGGCUCCUUCUAAAUGGACCUCAUCAUAGCAGACUACUGACAUCACUGUGUCCUUCUAAAUGCACCUCAUCAUAGCAGACUACUGACGACUCACAUCACUGUGUGUCCUUCUAAAUGGACCUCAUCAUACCAGACUACUGACUACUGACAUCACUGUGUCUCCUUCUAAAUGGACCUCAUCAUACCAGACUACUCACAUCACUGUCUCCUACAAAAUGGACCUCAUCAUACCAGACUACUGACUACUCACAUCACUGUGUCUCCUUCUAAAUGGACCUCAUCAUACCAGACUACUGACUACUCACAUCACUGUGUCUCCUUCUAAAUGGACCUCAUCAUACCAGACUACUGACUACUCACAUCACUGUGUCUCCUUCUAAAUGGACCUCAUCAUACCAGACUACUGACUACUCAAAUCACUGUCUCCUUCUAAAUGCACCUCAUCAUACCAGACUACUCACAUCACUGUGUCUCCUUCUAAAUGCACCUCAUCAUAGCAGACUACUCACAUCACUGUCUCCUUCAAAUGGACCUCAUCAUACCAGACUACUGACUACUCACAUCACUGUGUCUCCUUCUAAAAACACCUCCUCAUACCAGACUACUGACUACUCACAUCACUGUGUCUCCUUCUAAAUGGACCUCCUCAUACCAGACUACUGACUACUCACAUCACUGUGUCUCCUUCUAAAUGGACCUCAUCAUACCAGACUACUGACUACUCACAUCACUGUGUCUCCUUCUAAAUGCACCUCAUCAUACCAGACUACUGACUACUCACAUUACUGUGUCUCCUUCUAAAUGCACCUCAUCAUACCAGACUACUGACUACUCACAUCACUGUGUCUCCUUCUAAAUGCACCUCAUCAUACCAGACUACUCACAUCACUGUGUCUCCUUCUAAAUGCACCUCAUCAUACCAGACGACUGACUACUCACAUCACUGUGUCGCCUUCUAAAUGGACCUCAUCAUAGCAGACUACUGACUACUCACAUCACUGUGUCUCCUUCUAAAUGCACCUCAUCAUACCAGACUACUGACUACUCACAUUACUGUGUCUCCUUCUAAAUGCACCUCAUCAUAGCAGACUACUGACAUCACUGUGUCUCCUUCUAAAUGGACCUCAUCAUACCAGACUACUGACUACUCAAAUCACUGUCUCCUUCUAAAUGCACCUCAUCAUACCAGACUACUGACGACUCACAUCACUGUGUCUCCUUCUAAAUGGACCUCAUCAUACCAGACUACUGACUACUCACAUCACUGUGUCUCCUUCUAAAUGCACCUCAUCAUACCAGACGACUGACGACUCACAUCACUAACUAACACACUCUAAUGACGCAAGAACAAAUGCGGCAAUAGAUGCCAAGACUCUUCUCCAAUCUUUUAUAUUGGCGUUUAGGUGUAGAAUUUACAUUCUAAUUAAGAAUUAAAAAUAGGAGCCUUUCUCUCUCUCUCUCUCUCUCUCUCUCUCUCUCUGUUUCGUUAGUUGCUACCUGAACUACAUGAAUAGGAUACGGUUUAUUUCUAUUUCAUUGCGUAACUUCGUACUUCGAUCAUGUUCAUGAAUGUAUUAAUGUGACUGUUAUUUAACCAUUUAUUUAUUCUGUUUUAUAUGUUGCCUGUAGGAAGGCCUACUAACCUGUACUUUUGUUUUAUUAUUUAAUAUGAAUGUAAUUUAGAAAGAAACUAUUAAAGUUUUACAAGAUGAAUUUUCUACAGUAUAGAUAGAAUAUUGGUAUUUUAAGCUCUUCGGCUGCUAAUACUGAAUACUUCAUGUAUUGUAGUUUACUGAUAUACUGCCAGCUUACUAUAGCUACAGCUAUUACUAAUGCUAUAUACAGGCUGGAUGACAUAUCUUAUCUUGGCCAGGUCGCAAUUGUAAAUGAGAACUUGUUCUCAACUUGCCUACCUGGUUAAAUAAAGGUAAAAUAAAUAAAUAAAAAGGCUGGAUGACAACGUGCCGCGUGCAUCGAUGAGGCAGAAGGCCACGUGGUGUUAUGAUUCUGAACGUUCCGAUACCUAGCAACAAUGACAACAAGCCGCCACGUGGGGAAUCGUAGGUGGCUCGUUUCAGCUCGUUCUAUCUUGUUGUUGAUACCAUGUCUUGUUUUGAGGUGUUUUGACUCAUUUCACGUUUGUGCUAAUAUAGUAAAACAUCAUCUAGCUAGCUAACCAAUAACUGUAAGGAUGUAUUUGUGACAACAUUUGCUCAUUGUGUAAAUGUAUUUAUGUUUUCAAUAAAAAUAUAGUUU